AUGAGCAACUUGAUUACACUCAAGGUCAAAAGAAACAUUUAGAAAUACAAGAAGUAGCACUCGUUAUAUUAAACUAAAAAGGAAUUCCAAAAUAAAUAGUUGAUCAAUCAAACAGAGCAACCUUAUAAUUCAAGAAAUGUUUAGACAUUGAAACUUUAAACUAACUCAAAAGAACAAACUGAAUAUAUGAGUAUGGAGAAGGAUCAUAACUAAGACUCUCCAACUAUAAAUCUACAAGAAAGUAUUAUUAUAUAAAAAGUAGAAAGAUAAAUAAAUCCCAUUACGCUAUAGACUAAACAUAAAAAAGCAAAAGAUUCAAGGGGCAAAGAUCUUGAGGCAUUUGUGAAUAAUAGCUAAGAAAGAAAAAUUAAUUCAUUGGGUAAUUCAAAUGACAAAGGAAAAAGAAUAGAGAAGCAUAUAGAGCUAAAUAUGACAGAUGUGGCGAUUCUCGAGACACAAAAUAUCAGGAAAAAUCUUUCAGAUAAUUCAGGAGUCAAUUAGAUUAACUCAGAACUACAGUCACCUCACUCAGCUUAGGAUCAUAAUUCCUUUCUUUUAAGACCCAGAGGAUUAGUUAUAAUUCAAGAUUCUCAUAAAAUAACUCACAAUAAUAUACCUAUCAUUAUGGAGAAAUAGCAUCCUAAUCAACAAUCUCAUAAUAACCCUAAAACAGAAAUGGGAAAAUUCAUAUAAGGUCUGCAUGAAAUUUAGCAGCAGAUCCUUACAUUUAGAUCUAAAUCAGAUGCUUCAGAGCUUCAAAGAGAACUCAACAACCUCAAGUAAAACGUUGACCAUUCUGAUAACCUACUUAAACUCCAACAUUAGAGUAGAUUGCAAAGAAGGAAGAGUUACAACAAUGAUGUGAACUUAACUAGUUUAUUAGAUGUAAAGCCACUUGAGGUAAUUAACAACAUACCAAAAGGUACAUUUAACAAUCAAACGCUUAAUAAAAAUGCACUGAUCAAUGAGAAUUCUUAACAGCCAAGCAACGAUAUUUCUAUGGCAAACUUAGGGAAGUUGAAUACAGAUAUUUUGCAGGUCAGAGUUGAGUAAAAAUAAAGCAAAAAUCUUGAGAAAUCAAGUACCAUAAAAUUAAAAUAAUUUGCAAAUACAAAUAAACUAUCAAAUGAUAACAUCCUAUCUCUUACUUCAAAUUAGCUAACAACCUUAAAUAAUCAUCUACUACCAAUAGCACUUGCCGCUAAUAUAUCAAGAGCUCAAAUGUAAAUGAGCGUCAACAAUACCCCUCCUGAAUGGGGAGCUGUAUAUCAGCACAAUCCAUCAAAUCUCGGAUAAAUUGGUAAUUAUGAUUAAAAUCAAUCAUCUUUACCGAAGCAAUCAUCUAAAUCAUUUAGAGAAUCUGAAAAUUUAAGGCUGACUGCCAGCUAGCAUAUAGUUUAAAGAACAAACAGAACUAAGAAGACAAAGUAAAUAAUGAGCGAGAUUAAGUUAAAUAAAAUGCCAAUUAGUGGUCUUGAGCAAAUUGAUGCUAAGACACUGAAACUUGAUGGUAAAACUGGCAACACUUCUAACCAGUAUCAUAUUUCAUCUGGAAAGAUAAUUGGAGAAAAUGCUUACUAUGAAAUAACUCCAAGAAAAUAGACAUAAGUCUAUAGACAAAUCAGUAAUACGGGAGAAUAAAGAGAGCUAGUUUAUUCUGUAAAAAAGCAAAUCAAUUAAGAUGAAAGUGAAAAUUAGCUUUCUCAGAGAAACCUAAAGAAUACUUGUGUUGGGACUGAUGAGUUAGAAAAUUUAAUGAAUGAAGAUCAAAUUUCAUCACAGAUCAGCAACUUAUAGAUUGGGAGAAAUCAUAUAUCAAUAAACCACAAUAUUAUUUAGAAGGGUGGUGGAAAUAUCUAAGAUAACUAUGGAAAUAAUUCAAACUCAUUUGGAAUUGAGCAUAAUCAUGUUGAUUUGAAUCGAACAUAUAAUAAUUUUCAAAGGACAUAAGACUCUAUUUUCAAUGAAAAAUUCAGCUAUGGAUCACCUAUUAGAUAAAGCAAUCUCAUUAACCAAAUUAAAGCUUAAAAUGCAGAUAGUAGUAGAAUUAUCAUCAAGAAUAUUCUAGGAAGAAAUAAAAUUAUGGUAGUCUCUAAUACCGGAAACUCCUUUGAUGAGGAUGUGGUUAAAGAACUUAAAUAAGAAAGAUUAAGGAUAUCAGGAGAUCAAAUCUAUCCUAUGAAUACACUAUUCAAUACAUAGUCUAACUUUAAUUCUUUUAAGAUGGAGCCAAGAUUCCCCAAAGAAAUGCAAGAUUAAGCUCUGAAAGUAGGUUCAUCAUUCUUUGAGAGGAGUUUGGUUAAAACAAAAGACGAUAGAAAUGCUGAUGAAUCUGUAAUUUAUUAAGAUUAUCAGUUGAGCCAAAAGCUACAAUUUUCAGACAUAAAACAGCAGGACUCUCUAAGAAUGAAUAAUGAGACAUUAAGAAGUUAUAAUCCCUAUGAUAAUGAAUCUAGCUAAGCAGUGUAAAGCUAAUUGAUGCUAAAUCCAUCAAAUAAUAACACUUCUAUCAGAUUGGAAAACUAAAAGCAGAAUGCUGUGUUAUAAAAUUCUACCCCAAUGACUGAGCAUUUAAUAACUAAAAAGCCUAGAAAUUAAAGUCAGGUUACAAAUCAUCCUAAAAGUCUAGUACCUACAGUUCAUAUUACUUCUUCAAAUUACAAAGCUCCUGUUAACACUAAUGCUUUUGGAUAGUAGACACUCUAUGAAAAAUUGCAGAUUAAUAACCAAGAAUAAGAGCUCAAUUAAAGACUGAGGAGUGCACCUAAAAUAGAUUAAAAUGUGAAAACCAUUAUAGAAUUGAAAAGCCAAAGAAAAAGACAAAUAUAGAGGAUAGGACAGCAGUAUUCAAACAAGGAUGAUUCAAUGGAUGUACAGACAUUAAGAGGACCUUCAAAUGAUCAAGAUGACUAGUAAAGCUAUGAUUUAAAUUAUUAAAACAGUUCAAUAGCUGCUAGAAUGGAGGAUAAGAAAUACUCUCCAAUAUUGUCAAAAAGUCCUUUAAAAGGAUUGAUUUAUAAGAUAUCUAAGGAAUUUACUGAAGCCCUGAAUAGGCAUUCAAUCCACUCAAGAGAUCAGGUAUUAAAGGGUCCUAAAAAGAUUCAGAUCAAGUCUUAAGACCAUGAUUAACUUAAAAAGGUCUUAGAGAAAAAAGAUUAUAUUAAAAUUUUGGAGUAACCACAAAUCGCUUAAAGUAAUAUGCAAAUUAGAUAGACUUUCAUGGAAUCCACAGGAAACUCUAGAGAAAGAAAUCUAUUGAUUGAAAAGCUAAAUUUGAGUGGACUAGGCGAGAGUUAGGUAUCUACAAUAAAUGGAGCAUCAAAAAAUGAGUCAUUGAAAAUGAGUAAAAUAAUGAGGAAGACUAAUGGAUUUGGAAGUUAAAGCAAUCAGAUUUAAUUUGCUGCUAUUGAAAAGAAGAUCUUUAGAAAGGAAAGAAUUUUAAAUAAUGUUGAUAAAAAUAUUCUUGAAAUGCAAGCUUACCCAUUUAUUAUUCCUAGUCAAGGAAAUGCUCAAAGCCUGCUAACUAAGCAGGAUGAGACUAUAGAAUCUAACUUUUUCCAUGAACUGGCUUAGAAAACAAUGACUUAUCAAUCUAGGUAGUAAGCAUAAGGAGGAACUACCUAACAAUUCUUUACAAAAAGACAUGAAAAAUAGAGAUUAGCCUCGAAUCAAGGACUGAAUUACUCUCUCAUUCAAAGAGGGAAGACAGUAAAUUAAAUUCUUAAGAAAACUAGAAGAAAUCUCUCUACUGUUAUCUCUCAUCAAAGAGAUGGAAUCAUUAUUAUUUGA